CGGGAGCUGGCGGCGGCGCCUCCCGGCUCUUGCCGCGGAAGCCUACCCCCGUGCCUAGCCGUGUCAGGGCGGGCCGUGCGGCGGGAGGGCCCGCACCUGCCUGCCGCCGCGGCGGGGAGCGAGGCCCGGGGUGCGGCGCCGGGGGCCGGGCCCUCAGCCCCCCGCGGGGCGAGUGAGGGGGAGAGGCGGGGCCGCCCCUCAGGGGCCCGCAGGGGUUAAAUGGCGCCGGCAAUCCGGUGCCUGAGCCCGCGGGGAGCCGCUGCCUAGCUUGCGGGUGCCCCGCUGGCAGGGUGCUGCCCAGCGCUUGUUUUUCGCCUACCCUGAGGCGCUGUGGGGCCCGCCGGCCGUCCCGUACACCCGUGGCGGCCCCGCGGCCGGCGGCACGCUGCAGGCACGGCGGGCGCUCCGCCCUGCCCGGCUCCCGCCGCUGGCCCGGCUGCAGCGCCGAGCGGGGGUGCCGCGGGCAGCUGUCCGGGCCCCCCGGGCUGCACCCCGCCUUCCCCGGCACUCCCGAGCCCACAAGCAGUCCAGGCACCGCUUUCAGGUGGUAAAGUUGAUUGAAGGCAGCAAUGGAACGAUUUGGAGUGAAGUCCGCUCCGUCACGUAACCGCUCGAAGACUGCUUUGUACGUAACUCCCCAGGAUCGCGUAACUGAGUUUGGCAGCGAGCUGCACGAAGACGGAGGAAAACUCUUCUGUACUUCCUGCAAUGUGGUUCUGAAUCACGUCCGCAAGUCUGCGAUCAAUGACCACCUCAAGUCUAAAACACACACAAAGCGAAAGGCAGAGUUUGAAGAACAGAACAUCAGGAAGAAGCAAAGGACUCUGACUGCCUCCCUUCAGUGCAACAGUACUGCUCAGACAGAGAAAACCAGCGUCAUCCAGGACUUUGUGAAAAUGUGCCUGGAAGCUAAUAUUCCACUUGAGAAGGCUGAUCAUCCAUCUGUGCGAGCCUUCCUCUCCCGCUACGUCAAGAACGGCAGUUCCAUACCCAAGUCAGACCAACUAAGGAAAGCAUACCUGCCUGACGGGUAUGACAAUGAGAACCAACUCAUCAAUACUGAAGAUCGUUGAGAAUAAAACUGUUUUAAUCAUUGUUGUGAAGUUUUACAUAUUGAUGGUGUGGUUUAUUUUUAUAUUCAUGCAUAUAUACAGUGUUACAUACUGGUUUUACAAGCUAUUUUGUAUUAUUGUAGAAAUGACAAUCUGUUUGUGAACUUAGCGGUAUGCCACAGACUGUUGCUAACCCUGCUGUAGACUUCAAAGCUACAUUGAUGUAGAACUCAUGAUGAAUGUAGGGAACAUACCUGGCAUACAGCUUAUCCGUGUUCAGUCCAGCUGUGACUGACGCUGAGGAAAAGGCACUUGGAUGGAGGACCUCCCUUACCUAGACUGGAUGUCUGCAUACACGAGGAAGAUGAUGCAAUAGGGAUUGUUAAUCAUGUCAGCUGAUUGCUUUGUCCAGUAUCCUGUCUGUGAGUCACCAAGAAGAAGUGCUGCACAUUUGAAAUACAAGAAGCUGUAGAAUGGUUCGUUAAAACAUAAGCGCUUUGUUGGGGGAGGAUUGUUGCAAAUUCCUAUUCAAGUUCGGUUUACAUUCUAAAACGGGAAUCGUUUUUUCUUCUACAGUACUCUUGUCCUAUUUGGUGCAACUGUGGAUGUAUUCAUUAUGUAGCUUAAAUAGCUGGUCUCUUCUAUUGACCUCUGAACUCCGCUAUUCUCACAACACUAGGAGUUCUGCAGAUUUACCAUGCCUGCUUUUUUAAAAUCGCUGUUUUCGUUGUCUCAGUUUGACAUGUCCCCUUCAGUUUCGGAGACAAUCUUUUGAAAGCUGAGUAGACAAACCAGUAAGCAAGCGUGGUUUGCUGUGCAGCUGUUGGCAAGUGAAACUUAUAUUGGACCAAGAUCUUAGUAGAGAGGAUUAAUGCUUUUUUUCUUACUAGCAGGGCAAAGAAUGCUAAAUCUAAAUUGGGGGUGGGGGAGGCACUAAAUUGUGGAGCUGGGAAAGCUUUUUCACAGUGCGCAGGAGAAGAGUCUCCUCCACCUUUCCCUGAAGGUCCUCUACAUCUCUGGCUUUGUCCUCAGCCUCUGAGUCAGGGGAGGUCAGGUGACUGAAAUAGUUUUCAAAAUAGUUGCUGCAAAGGCUGUUCAGCACCUGUAAGCGCAAAUAGGAAAUGAUGUAUACUUUGAAGCUAUACUGGAGUUACAGACCUGGACUGAAUUUCUUACUCUGUGCCAGGGCCACAUCUAUUGGACUGGCAAAAAGUAAAAUGGAGACACUGAAGAAUUUCAGUGAUGUGUUACCCUCUCCAAAAUCUAGAAAACUAUUACUGAGCUAUUCCAAAUUAUUAUGCCAAAUAGUACCCUCGAUGUUAAGUGCUCUACGAAGUUUUUGAAUGGCAUGAGGGAGCAUUGUGCGAAGUGCUGGAAUAUGACCAACUUCUGCCUGCUCUAGAUCUGCUCUAGUUUUCCUUGAGGUGCUUUGGGUUCAGGAAGGUGCCAAGCAUCUUCUAGCGACACAGAAAUCCUCCACUCAGUGGACACAGUGGUGUAAGCAUGCUUUAACUCCGUCAGGCGGAGCCAAUUCUGUUCAGCUUCCUUUCCCCAGUAGAUUUUCACAGUAUCUGUUUCUCAAUAUUUCUUUUAUUCCAAAUACUUACAGCAAUACUAAGUAAUUGCUAAAACCAGACAAAAUAACCUUCUUGUUUUGUUUCUGUAGCUAUUUCCCUAGCUAUUUCUAGAGCAGUCUCUUUUGCUGGAUUGAGAGAGACUUGCAUACUUAAUAACGACUGGUUUUUGUGCAAUUAGCUUCUAUGGAAAUGCACUUGUGUUACAUUUAUAACCAUGUCUUGUAGCCUUCUGCCGCGAGACCUGCUUGAGUAAAUGCACAGAACUAAAAAGCAGAAGGUUGUGUACCCAUGUUUACCAGUACGUGGGUACUCGGGACACUGCUGCACCUUUGGGCCCUGUUGAAGCUAGCGGGACUCCAUGCAGUCAUAGCAAUCCUGCCAAUGAUACUGGUUGCUGGUUUAGAACUUCAGACACAAAUAACGGUAGUAUUUUUUUUUCUCUAAUUCUAGAUAUCAAAACAUGCCUUCCAAAAUAUUGCUUGCUAUUGCAGAUGCUUGGUUUACCUCAGAAGAUGAUGAACUGCCUUGGGCUAGAACAGUUUUACAAACAUUCUUAAGCCAAGUGAAAGGUACACUGCCAACAGCCUUUUUCUGUCCUGACAAUAACUGAAAAUGUUCUUUUACAGCUGCUGUUUCUUUACAGUGAAACAGCAUCCUUGCUUCAAUUUUUUAUUAUUAUUUUUUUACCUUGGAAAUGCUAUCUUAGUGUUGAAGCAAAUAGGAAAUAAUGAAGUAUUGAGAAAACAGGCUUCCAUUAAACAAAAUCACCUAGAGAAGAUGGUAUGACUGGAAGGUGUGAAUUUGGGCUAGUUAGCUCGGUUGUUGAUGUGGGAUUUUGCAGGCUGCACCCCAUAACCAUUUUAUAUAGGAUUCAGUGCUGUGUGGUUUUCCUUUGACUGACAAACUGACAGACAUUUGGAAAAGCUUAAUGGUAACAUUAAAUAGCUCUUGCACAACUGAAAAAAAAAAUCACAUUACUUUCACUUAUAUGGUUUUACAUAAAAAUGCAAGUUAGCAACAUCAGCAGCUUUUAUAAAAAAGAAAAUCAGUUGUUUUCAAUAAGGCAAAGCAGUAUUAGGACGCUUAAUUUCUAAAAAGCUUACUGUAUGUAUAAAGCAGUCAGUGUACAGAGCCUCAAUUUACAGAAUUAAUACAAUUCUGUAAGUAUAUUCAGUAAUUAUUCUAGUACCAAUUUAGUUUUUAUGCACAAUUACUGCAGAGGGUGUAAGCCUGGUGAGGAACCUUAUCAGUGUAGCCAUACACUGCCAACUCGUAACGAUUUGGAAGCAAAAAUUGGUCAUCAGGAUUUUGAAUGGAACUGACUUAAUUCCAAUGCACAGCAGCUUGUAGGACACUGGUGUCUUAAUAAUAGGACAAUUUUGUUUAAAAAAAAAAAGAAAGCACCAUGAUGCUUUUCAAGCUUUUUGAAAAUCAAGAUACUUACCCAUUGCAACAAAUAUUCAUCAUGGAGUAAACCAAUGAAAAGUAAAGCACUUGCAGGACAUCUAGAAAGAAUAAUGAGUAAGUGAGUUUGUAUUCAUGGACGUAACCCAAAUCGUCAACAGGACAGUAACACAUUAUUAUUAUUAUUACACAGUAAAAAUGGUUCCACUCAGUCUUGGAACAGAGUCCUGCAAACACGCAAAUUCAAAGCAUGAUUUUGCCAGCGUGGCUAUAGUUGGAUGAAGCAUAACCUUUGUUCAGUUGCUGUUGACCUUAGGGAAGAUUUACAACAGAAGUUUUCUGGUAUAUAAAAGCCUAAGUAAUAACUAAUUCCUAGAACAGAGGCUGUGAUUAAGUUGUUUAACAGUCUCCAUGGUGUUUUCCUUUGUCCUGCAAGAACACUGCAUUAUUUUUUCGGUGUAUUUCCUGUAAAAAGUACUCUCACAAGGGAGGAUGGUAGCAAUGUCUUCUGCUUUUCAUUUUACAUACGUAUCUAGGGACAAGCUAUAAGGGAUGCUUUCUGCCAGGUGGUUUUCUUAAUAUAUUUGAAGCUCUAAAUGUAAUAUAAAAAAAAAAAAAAAUAAAUAAAUAUUUUCUUCUCUGAUCAUGUACUUAUAUUAGUUUAGCCAACUCACAGCUAAAAUUACUCCGAAAUGCUUUUGUUGGAACAACACUUACAAAGAGUAAAAUACAAACAGGAACAUUCUCUGUUUUGUUACUACUUACUUGUAUGCACGUUAGUUUCAGCUUGCAUGUUCUUGAAAAAAAACAUGAACAAGUUCUAGUAUUUUAAAGCACUUUGAAGCCUGUAAUUUGACAGGUCCCUAGAGGAGAUGAAACAUUUGACAAAAGGAAAGGAAAAGCUGUUUUUCAAUUGAGAGAGAAGCUUGGUUCUGCAAAGUAUGGGAUAUUCUCAUGAUAGAAGGACUAUUUUUAGCCAGAGCCCCUUUUAGCAAUUCUGUUGAACUGAACAGUGAAAUGCUUCCUGCUAGGUUUUGCAGCAUAAUGAGCUGGUUUUCAGGAAAAAAAUAAAAAAAAAAAAGCUGGAAGUUUGGCAAGGAUAAUCUCUAUUUAUAUUUACAUAUAAACAGAGGCAAGACUCACUGUUGUUGUGUUCACAUUGUACUCACUGCUAACUCUUUGUGUAAUUUGAGUGCUUGUUGUCUUUGUACAAUUUUAAGGUUGUGUCUAACUUUCAAAAUAAAUUUUUUUU